CUAUUCUCCAUAAACAAACAUCAUCACCACCUGCUAAAUAUCUCAUCAUAUUCCACAGAAUCUACUUCCAUAGUCUCCUCCACUCUUUCUCUCCUUGGGUUUGCUUUGGAUUCCCACAUAAGCAAAAGCAACAACUUGCUCGUAUUCAGUGUUAAUUGUAUAAUUAUCAAGAUGUGCGUCCAGGAUGCGGAGCAUGAUGGGCAGGAAAUGGAGAGCCUGGAUGGAAACACCAAGAAGUCUUGGCCUUUGCGUUGUGAGCCCUUGAAUACCCAAUUGGGGAAUUGGGAUGGAGAGUCCCCUGUCAUCACUUCCAGCGAUGAAAUCAGUGCUGCAAACCCUUUACCUCUGCAGAGCAUAUGUGAGGAGACAGUGCUUGUAGACAGAAGGCAGAGUUCACCAACAGACUUUGUCCCUGUCCUUCGAUCGGGGGAGUGGUCUGACAUUGGUGGUCGACUCUAUAUGGAGGACACACACAUAUGUAUUGGUGACUUGGCUAAGAAAUUUGGUUGCAAUUUGUUGAGUGAGGAAACCAUUUCCUUCUAUGGUGUAUUUGAUGGGCAUGGAGGAAAGAGUGCGGCACAAUUUGUCCGUGACCAUUUGCCCAGAGUCAUUGUUGAGGAUGCUGAUUUUCCUUUAGAACUUGAGAAAGUGGUCAUGAGGUCAUUUAAGGAGACUGAUGCUGCAUUUGCAAAGUCUUGCUCCCUUGAAUCUGCCUUGUCUUCAGGCACAACUGCACUUACUGCAAUGAUAUUCGGGAGGUCUUUACUUGUGGCAAAUGCUGGUGAUUGUCGGGCAGUGUUGUCGCGGCGUGGAGUGGCUAUAGAAAUGUCGAAGGAUCAUAAACCUUGCUGCAUUACAGAAAGGACAAGGAUUGAGUCCUUGGGUGGCUAUGUCGAUGAUGGUUAUGUAAAUGGUCAGCUAGGGGUCACCCGUGCAUUAGGUGAUUGGCAUCUUGAAGGAAUGAAGGAGAUGGGUGAAAGUUCUGGCCCCUUGAGUGGUGAACCAGAAUUGAAGCUGAUUACACUGACCAAGGAAGACGAAUUUCUGAUGAUUGGAAGUGACGGAAUAUGGGAUGUAUUUUCCAGCCAAAAUGCUGUAGAUUUUACCCGUCGCAGACUCCAAGAGCACAAUGAUGUGAAGAAGUGCUGCAAAGAAAUGGUAGAGGAAGCACUAAAGCGGGACGCAAGCGACAAUUUGACAAUUGUUAUGGUAAGCUUUCACUUGGAGCCUCCUCAGCAAGGGACGCCUGUACAACGGGGAAAAGUCAGGCGGAGCAUUUCGGCUGAGGGCCUUCAGAGUCUCAAAAGUCUGUUGGAAGGCUGAUAGAAUUUUUCUUCACUCUCAUUUUGAUAGGUAAAGGAAAGAAACAGUCUGUCAUAAUACUAGCUUCUUUAUUGACUGUUAUUUAGAGUUUAGUGUACAUACAAUUCAUCCGGGAAAAAAAAAAGAAGAGUAACUUCUUUCCUUUCAUAAGUGAUGCUCCUUUCAGUUUUUCAAGAUUGAAGGAAUGGAUAAUCUGAAUUUCUCCUCUCCAAGUCUUCUGGGCAGUAUUCAUGAACUUACAUUGUAAAUAUGAAAACUUUCUGAUUUCAAUAUAAAUAUGGAUACUGGCACUACCACUUUCU